UCCGUUAUACCUAGACAUGCCACCUUUACUUUAAUAUUAAAACUUCGGUCUAACAGGCUACGGAUCAUCUUCAAACACGACUGAAGCAAUGCAAGUAUUUUUUCAUUUAAGCGCAGGAGAUGCAGAGGAUAAAAUCUAUCUAAACCUAAAAGUUGUCAUCUGCUGCCAUUUAAAAUAUUUUUGCACUUUUGAGGCACCAGUAUGACCUUUCAAAAUACAGCAACAGGAGCUUCAUGGACUAUUGGACCAGAUGUGAACGAAUCUCUGCAUAUACAAAUGGACAGUGUAAGUAAGUUCGGCAAGAGUCCGUCAGCGGCUGCGAGCGGUGAAAAGCAGACGGCACCGACAGUCAUCACUCAGCGCCGGGCGUCUCAUUACCAUCACCGCAUGUCUGUGUACAGCACGAGCCGUCCAGUACUCACCAGAGCCUACUUUCAGGGACGCGUAUAUAACUUUUUGGAGAGACCUUCGGGUUGGAAGUGCUUUGUGUAUCAUUUCACAGUAUUUCUCAUUGUGCUGUCUUGCCUCAUCCUCAGUGUGCUGUCAACCAUUGAUGAAUAUCAAACACUGGCAAAUAAAACACUCUUCUGGGUGGAAUUAGUGCUUGUAGUGUUCUUUGGUGUGGAGUAUGUUGUGCGUCUGUGGUCAGCAGGAUGUCGAAGUAAAUAUGUAGGAGUGCUGGGGAGGCUUCGCUUUGCCCGAAAGCCCAUCUCUGUUAUUGACUUGAUUGUAGUGGUGGCCUCCAUUAUUGUAUUGGCAUUUGGUUCUAAAGGUCAGGUGUUUGCCACCUCUGCUGUCAGAGGAGUACGUUUCCUUCAAAUCCUACGAAUGCUGCAUGUGGAUCGACAGGGAGGAACAUGGCGUUUGCUUGGAUCAGUGGUGUUUAUACAUAGACAGGAAUUGAUCACAACGCUCUAUAUUGGAUUCCUGGGGCUCAUCUUCUCGUCCUAUUUUGUGUAUCUGGCAGAGAAGGAUGCAGUGGAUGACAGCGGUAUCACAGAGUUCAGCAGCUAUGCUGAUGCUCUGUGGUGGGGUGUGGUGACAGUAACCACUAUUGGCUAUGGAGACAAAGUCCCUCAGACCUGGAUAGGGAAGACCAUCGCAUCAUGUUUCUCUGUCUUCGCUAUCUCCUUUUUUGCCCUGCCCGCUGGAAUCCUAGGCUCUGGUUUUGCUCUGAAGGUACAGCAGAAACAGAGACAAAAACACUUCAACAGGCAAAUUCCUGCAGCUGCAUGUCUGAUACAGGCAUUCUGGAGGUGCUUUGCUCUUGAGAAUGAUGAUUCUCCCACCUUCAAGUUAUUUCUGAGGAGAAAACUUGUAGUACCCAGCACUACAGUGUCCAGCCCUAGAUUAAGGGUGAAAAUGAAGAAAAAGAUGAAGAGCAACGAGAGGGAUAAUGGGCGCAGUUCUCCCACAAUACCCACCAUAACCUAUGAUUCAUUUGAUGACGAACGGGAACAAUCCUGGAACUCUCUGUCCUCUUUUCAGUUCUCUGCACAUUCAGUGAAUAAGUCCACUGGGUUUUUGGAGGUGCAGUCUCGACCUCCCCUCCAGAGGUGCAGCAGUAUUGCAGAUGAAAUGGAGACUGAUGCAGAGAGAGACAUUUCACUCCUUCCAGUCACUCAUGUGUCUCAGAUGCGGGAUUCCCAUCGUGCAGCCAUUCGUGUGAUCCAGAGAAUGCGCUACUUUGUAGCCAGAAAGAAGUUUCAGCAAGCACGUAAGCCGUAUGAUGUCAGAGAUGUAAUAGAGCAGUAUUCUCAGGGUCACCUCAACCUCAUGGUGCGCAUCAAGGAGCUACAGAGAAGACUGGAUCAGUCCUUAGGCAAGCUUUCUCUCUUCCAGACCAGUCCAGACCGCAUGAAGGACAGAGGCACAAAUACUAUAGGCUCCAGACUCAACAGGAUGGAGGAUAAGAUCACACACAUGGACAGGAGCCUCAGCCGUAUUGCCGAGACCCUCAACCUCCUGUUGGUGAGGGACAGUCAGGGGGAUUUAGCCAGAGGACAGAAACGUGAUGGUAGCACUCACAGACCAUCACCCAAUCUUUGUCUGCCACGACCAGACAGACAAGACAGUCUGCUCUGCUACGAACAACUCUCAAACAAAACCUUCAGUCAGUCUCAUGAGGACAGCUGAGUCCACAAAGUGCCUAAAACUGGCUCUCUUUUAGCCUUAAAAGAGAUUGUGGGGUACAGGAAUAUCCGAUUAGAUUCUGAGUUCUGAAUUUUUUUGUACUUUUGUACUGUAGAACAGCUGGGUUUCUUUUAAAGCAUGUAGAUGUGUAAUAGCAUAUAUUUAUGUAUGAUUUACUUUUGCUUUGUGAAAUGUAGAUUUUUCAACGUAAUUAAAUUUUUAAAACAGAAAAAAUGUUGCCAUACCUUUUGUAAAUUUCAUUCGUCACUCUGAUUGUUCAAACAAAUUACAUUAUUUUGUUGUCCUAUAAAUUAUACAAUGUAAAAAAAUGCAGCAUGAAGUUAAAACAACUUGGUUUUGCAAGUCAAUUCAACCUAUACUAUUUUAAGUUUUUACCUGCGAUAAGUUGACAUAACUUAUAAAAACAAGUAGAAAUUGUUUAACUUAUUUUUUUAAGUUAAAGUAACAUGUAAAAUAUUUUAAUUUGACAAAAAUGCUGCAUUUAUUUUACACGGUGGGUUUCUAAAACAGAUUACUGUUGAGAAGAACAAAGUGUCUGUCGGUUGAGUGAUAUAUAAAAAAUAUAAAGAUUUGUGAAUACAGCUGUGAAACGCAUGUCUUCCCAAUUAACUUAAUAUAUUUAUGUUCAUUUAGUUUUACAGAUAUAAAUCAGCUUAUUGUUUUUGAUUAUGAAAUACUGUAUCUAUCAAAAAACACUACUGAAUUUAGACAGAAUUGUCAAAAAAGCAUUUUACUGUGGCAAAAACG